GCAGUGCUGAGCGGGAUGUUGAUGUCCGCGAAUACGCCGUCAGCGAACCUGACAGCCCCGUCGAGGUUAUCGAGAAUACGGACGCGACCUUGGAAUUGGAGGACUUCGACGACCCGACGGCUGAUGCUCCAGAGAUUGAGGAUACAUCGGAGGCCACUCAGGGCGAGGACACAUCCGCUCCACACAAGGAGGACAUUGUCGAGGAGAGCGGUGCCUUCGGUCACGCUGACGCUUUGCCUAUGCUGAUGGACAUCACCGCCCCUGACCUGCAUGAGCGUAUGCUCGAGCCGGGCGUGCCUAUGCCAGUCUCCGCCGACCCGACAGUCCCUGAUCCAACAAGUGUCGCACCUAGCCCCGGAGAGACUGAAACUGUUACGCCCGCCGAGGUAGACGCGUCAGGUGCCUCAACGAGCCGGGAUUCAUCGGUCAGUGGCAGACCGUCGUCACGAGACCGCAGCCCGAGCGGACUCUUCACGGCGGACAACUCGCGAGCAGUCACUCCGAAGUUGCGAUCGAGCGACCUGGGUGACGGGCCUGUCGAAUCUCCAUUGAAGCAGGUUGUCACAGCGGAGCAACUAAGUGGUGUUGACGAGCCGGACGGUGCGUCUACUGAUGUCGACGACGCCCAAUAUGUGGCGGUCGAUGCUGAUGCGCCACAAUUGCCAGAGCCACCUACCGUCAUAGCGGAAGAGAGCGACGUUGCUUCCAGUCAACAAGCGCUCAUAGACACCGUGGAUCGCAAGCGAGAAAAUGGAGCUGCGGCGACCAGCGAGCUGGAUGAACUCAACCUCGAGUAUCCCUCUGAUACAGAGGAGCAGCCUGCGAUUUCCGGAGGAAGAAGCAAGAAAUCGACGUGCAUAUCAACCCGGAUACGAGCCUCGAUGUUGACGCCGAAGGUGACGUUGAUCCCGACUAUGUGCCUGAGCAGCAUGCUCUUGCAGCCGACCUGAAGGUAGCGUAUAAUGCGGGCGUCGUGGUGUCUGAGGAGCCCGUAGCGGAUAAGGUCCAGAGGGAUGACACGCUUGCAAUUCUGGGAACGGAGGUCGAGGUAAAGGAGCCCAGCACAAAUCUCCCGGGUGCUUCCCAGGAGACGUCAAAGACUCUCGUGGCCAGCCA